AUGCGUUGGAGACAAUGUUCCACUAGCCGUAGUCGACAAACAAUCCCUAUUGACCGAGUCACGCGCAGUCUGGUCAUCUAUCUAUUUCCUUGCCAUUGUUAUCUCAGCGUUCCUUCCUUCUCCUUCCUAAUUCACCCUUCCAGCCAUCUUUAUCAACACUGCGUGGUUAUCGUUCUUUAA